ACCUGUUUUAUUAGACAACAACAAAUACAUAACAAAAUCGUCAGUGUCGCGCCGGUGUCCGCGGAGUGCGGACGUGUUCAGUGUCGUGUUGAAAGUCUCGUGAGAUUUAAAAUAAUCGAGCGAGACAUCACGAAAAACGAACCGAUUAUAAUCUAGUCAAACUUAUUUUUUUUGUAAAUAAAGUUGUUUUUCAACAUGAAAUAGAUUACUUAAAUAUAGUUGUGAUAAAAUCUCCGUCUACAUAAGCCCGUACUUAGAGGUUAAUUAAUUUAAUUUUAUAAUAUUUAUAUUGUUAUAUUUUGUGAAACAAAAUGCAAAUAUUAAAAGCAAGAUUUGCACUAAGGGCCAGUGCUUCACACUUUCGAGCAUGGAGCUCUACAAGAUCAGCAUCAACAGAUUCAAAAACAGUAGACUACAAACCGAUCAGAAGCGUGCUGGUCGCCAACAGAGGAGAGAUCGCCAUCAGAGUGUUCAGAGCAUGCACAGAACUGGGCAUCCGUUCCGUCGCUAUAUACAGCGAGCAGGACCGUCUCCAGAUGCACAGACAAAAGGCCGACGAGUCAUAUGUAGUCGGCAAGGGCCUGCCUCCAGUAGAAGCGUAUUUGAGCAUUCCAGAAAUCAUCAGGGUAGCCAAGGAGAAUGACGUAGAUGCAGUGCAUCCAGGAUAUGGAUUGCUGUCCGAACGAUCAGACUUCGCAGAAGCUGUGAUCAAAGCCGGCCUUCGGUUUAUUGGGCCCUCACCGUUUGUUGUACAGCAAAUGGGCGACAAAGUAGCUGCAAGGAAAGCCGCCAUCGAAGCUAAGGUGCCGAUCGUGCCGGGCACAGACGGGCCGAUAACCACAAAGGAAGAAGCACUCGAGUUUUGUAAACAACACGGCCUUCCCGUUAUAUUCAAGGCUGCAUAUGGAGGCGGUGGGCGAGGCAUGAGAGUCGUGAGAGAGAUGAGUGAGGUGGCCACAUCCUUCGAGAGAGCCUCGUCUGAGGCGCUUGGUGCCUUCGGGAACGGCUCCAUGUUCAUAGAGCGAUUCAUCGAGAGGCCGAGGCAUAUCGAGGUGCAGUUGCUCGGCGACAAAGCUGGGAACGUAGUACACUUGUACGAAAGAGACUGUUCCGUGCAGAGGCGGCACCAGAAGGUUGUUGAAAUUGCACCCGCCCCAGGGCUGGAUCCAGAGAUUCGUAACAGGAUGACCGACUGCGCCAUUCACUUGGCGAGACACGUGGGCUAUGAAAACGCAGGCACCGUCGAGUUCCUAUUGGACGAUAAGGGCAAUUUCUACUUCAUUGAAGUCAAUGCCAGAUUACAAGUAGAACACACAAUCACAGAAGAAGUCACCGGUAUAGAUCUCGUCCAGUCUCAGAUCCGAGUCGCGGAGGGGAUGACUCUGCCCGAGUUGGGGUUGACUCAGGAUAAGAUACACACGCAGGGGUACGCUAUACAGUGCCGAGUCACUACUGAGGACCCCGCGAAUAACUUCCAACCCAGUACGGGCAGGAUUGAAGUGUUUAGGUCUGGCGAAGGUAUGGGCAUACGUCUAGACUCGGCGUCGACGUACGCCGGCGCCAUUAUCUCGCCGUACUACGAUUCCCUGCUAGUCAAAGUAAUAUCUCACGCGCAAGACUUGUCCGCAUCCGCCGCCAAGAUGAACAGAGCGCUGCGCGAGUUCCGCAUCCGCGGCGUGAAGACCAACAUCCCCUUCUUGCUCAACGUGCUGGAGAACCAGAAGUUCUUGAAUGGCGCCGUAGACACAUACUUUAUCGACGAACACCCCCAACUGUUCAUGUUCAAAGCAUCCCAGAACCGUGCGCAGAAGAUCCUCAACUACUUGGGCCAAGUGAUGGUGAACGGUCCAGCGACGCCUUUGGCCACGCAAAUACCGCCCGCCGAUGUCAAGCCCUACAUACCGGCGGUGCCUUUGGUCCGUUCGGGGCAUGACCUUUCACCUGAGGCCAUUAAAAGACAGGAAAUGACAGGUGAAAAUACAGCCGUCAAGCCACCAAAGGGUUUCAAAGAAAUCCUCAGGGAAGGAGGUCCAGAUGCCUUUGCGAAAGCUGUCAGACAGCACAAGGGUCUCCUACUCAUGGACACGACCUUCAGGGACGCCCAUCAGUCGCUAUUGGCCACGCGCAUAAGGACCCACGAUCUGUUGGGGGUCUCGCCUUACGUCGCGCACAACUUCAGCAAUCUCUACUCUUUGGAGAACUGGGGUGGAGCUACUUUUGAUGUCGCUCUAAGGUUCCUCCACGAAUGUCCCUGGGAGAGGCUGGAGGACAUGCGGCGGCUGAUCCCCAACGUGCCCUUCCAGAUGUUACUCCGCGGAGCCAACGCUGUCGGCUACACCAACUACCCCGACAACGUGGUCUUCAAGUUCUGUGAUAUGGCGGUAAAAGCAGGAAUGGACGUAUUCAGAGUGUUCGACUCUCUAAACUAUCUACCCAACCUAAUCCUCGGUAUGGAUGCAGCGGGCAAGGCCGGUGGUGUAGUAGAAGCUGCCAUUUCGUAUACAGGAGACGUUUCAGACCCCAGCAAGAAGAAAUACGACCUCAAGUAUUAUUUGAACCUCGCCGAUGAGCUGGUCAAAGCCGGGACGCACGUGCUAGCUAUCAAGGAUAUGGCUGGUCUGCUAAAGCCACAAGCUGCCAAGUUGUUAAUAACAGCGAUUCGCGACAAGCACCCGUCAGUGCCUAUCCAUGUGCACACGCACGACACGUCCGGCGCGGGCGUGGCGUCAAUGUUAGCGUGCGCGGAAGCGGGCGCGGACGUGGUCGACGUGGCCGUGGACUCCAUGUCCGGGAUGACGAGCCAGCCGAGCAUGGGCGCCUUGGUCGCUUCUCUGCAAGGCACGCCUCUUGACACUGGAAUCCCACUCCAAACGGUAUCCGAAUACUCAGCAUACUGGGAGCAAGCUCGCACCCUAUACGGUCCGUUCGAAUGCACCGCCACCAUGAAGUCUGGCAACGCGGACGUUUACCUCAACGAGAUCCCCGGCGGUCAAUACACCAACCUGCAGUUCCAGGCCUUCUCCCUGGGACUCGGCAGCCAGUUUGAGGAGGUGAAGAGGGCAUACAGAGACGCGAAUCUCCUCCUCGGAGACAUAAUCAAGGUCACCCCAUCGUCCAAGGUGGUGGGAGACUUCGCCCAGUUCAUGGUGCAGAACAAGCUGACUGCAGCAGACAUCGAGGCUCGGGCAGAGGAACUGUCCUUCCCCAAGUCUGUGGUAGAAUUCUUCCAGGGUGCCAUCGGUAUACCUUAUGGCGGAUUCCCUGAACCUUUGAGGUCAAAGAUCUUGAAAGAUAUGCCUAGAAUAGAAGGCAGGCCGGGACAGGAGCUUGCGCCUCUUGAUUUUGAGAAGCUUAAAGAGGACCUCAAGGAGCACUACCCAGAGGUGUCAGACCAGGACGUGAUGUCAGCCGCCAUGUACCCGCAAGUCGCGAACGACUUCUUCCGCAUCCGUGACAAAUACGGCCCCGUCAAGCAUCUGGACACAAAGACCUUCCUUGUGGGACCCAAUGUUGGCGAAACGAUCGAGGUGAAGAUCGAGCGCGGCAAAACGUUGGACAUCAAGACGUUGGCCAUCUCGGAGGAGAUGACGGCGGCGGGCGAGCGGGAGGUGUUCUUCGAGCUCAACGGGCAGCUGAGAUCUGUGUUCAUACGGGAUGACCAAGCUAGCAAGGAAAUGAAGAUCCAUCCCAAAGCAGUGAAAGGAGACAAGAACCAAGUAGGAGCCCCCAUGCCAGGUACCGUCUUAACCAUCAAAGUGAAGGAAGGCGACCACGUGGACAAGGGUCAACCAAUAGCGGUGCUCUCAGCCAUGAAGAUGGAGAUGAUAGUCCAGGCUCCUAAAGCUGGGACUGUCAAGUCGGUGUCCAUCACCAACGGUCAAAAGCUGGAGGGAGACGAUCUUAUCUGCACCAUCGAAUAGGUGCAUUGACACGUAAUAAAAAUCUUUUCAUACAUCCUCUUCAAACCUACAAAGUCCUUGGCGUAAACCCCCCCCCCCCCCCCAUUUCCAGUGGCGUAACUAUAGCUUGGCAAGUUCGUUCGUAACACUCCCGAUGGUCGGCGCGCGCCGGGAGGGGGCAGCGAUGCAUCCGCGCGCCCGACUUUAUACCAGCGCAGUCCUUUCCGCCCCGUCGCCCGCAUAUCAUGGGAUUGACCUAAAAAAAAUUUUUUUUAAUGUUACAUUAAUUUUGAGCUGCCUCUCAAGCGGGGUCCCUGGCUUUGACAACCGCCUUUUUAUAGCAAAUGAUACGUCACACACGAGGUAUCAAUUUAUAAUUAUAUGUAUAUUCAAUAGACCUACCCCCCUACCCCCCGUAAGACGCCCCCUUUCCCCUCGCCCUCCUGACCAUUCCAAAUUCAAAGAAUUUUUUUUGUAAAAAAAUACCACUUUCCCGCCUUAAACUAACACUAUACUAAGGCGUUCAAUCCAAACCUACAAUGUAUAUUAUACAUGUAGUAGAUAUAUCCAGUGGCAUGCUUUCCUUAAAUGCGAAAAAGCAAUGCUUACCCUGAGAAUUCUUUACGAACUUUGUGCACGCCACUGAGUCCUCAGUUUACACCAAGAGUUAACAAUGACCACAAAAACUAUUAGCUGUGUAACAACUAAUUAAAAAACUAUUAUGUAUUUUAUUGUUAACUCUUAGUGGAAGUAAUAUAAUAUAAUAUUUUUUGUAAUUCGGAUCGAUGAGGGUGUGAAAUUUUGUGCAAUUUAUAUCUUCCAUAGACAAACAAGAAGCCUGUGAUAUUACCACGAAUCUUAACCAUAAAAUGCGCAAAUAAAAAAAAAAAUAACCUGUCAAAAUGUUCAGGCAGUUUGACAAAUCAUAAUCACAUCAUGAUUUAUAAUUAAAAGCUUUUAAAAAUAGCUGAAAAAAACUAAAGAACUAUAUAAUUUUAAAUGUCUUCUUCAAUACAUCACAAAAUUACAAUGAACACACAAUGAAUAUUAUUCAAAUUUAUUUUUCUUUUUUCCGCUACAAGUCUUGCUAAUUUCAGAAUAUUCAAUUGCAAAGUUAGACUUUGCAACAAUAUUAUUUUAUAUAAAUAUUGUCCGACAUUGAAUGAGAUCCACUGUUCUAAACAUGUUUCUAUUAUGUGAAAUCAUUUAAUAAUUAUAUUGCAAAAUAAAUUGAUAUUAACAUUAAAAUAAAGUUUAGGGUAUUUUAUAAAAUAUCGCAGAAAAUUGCUGCAAAUAAUAAAGUCUGAUAUGAAUUUUAUUUUCAAUGCGCCCAAAAUUAAAAAGCAUAAAUACUUAAUGCAUCACAAUUCACAGUACAAAAGACAGAUUGUGAGUAGGAUAUUAUUAUUUAUAUAUUGAGUUAAUUAUAGACAUAUAUUUAAGCACAACACAAAUAGAGUUAGAGUAGGUAAGUUUUAAUU